AUGGAUGUCCCUCCAGAGUACAAUGUCGACUCUUACCAUUCCUCCUUCUGUGCUGAGCGUUAUGGUCGCCCAUAUCUUGAGAACUUGCGUGAUUCCGCAACUGAAUACUGCAUGCCCGGUUCCUCCACGAAUUUGACCUGUUUCCAUACUACCGAAUGGCCGGGUUCGGGUAGAGACACCAUGUGUCUUGGACAAGCAGCCAGUUGGGACGCUUACGAGAAGAAAUUUCAGCUCGGGUGUGACAUUAGACCGCUCGACGGAGAGGAGAAAAGUAAAGGAUAUCCCGAAUACAACAGUUUCCGCUCUUAUUGGUACGGUACCGGCACAAAAGUUAUCUUCGACGAAGUUGUUUCAAAAACCAAGCAUCUACGUCAAUAUCCUACAACGAGUAACUACACCAUCCUCAUCAAACGAGAAGGUGCCCUGAAUCCAUGGCACUGCCUUAUGGAAAUUUGGUCAACGAUGAUGACCAUGGAUGUCCUACGCAUGUCUGUCAAUCCCGCUACAAACGCACCCUUUUAUAUCUCCGAGGAUGUUCGAGACACUCAGAUCGCCAUUCUUGACGAUCAUGUCGACGGAUUUUACAUUGACCUUUGGACAGCGGUGGCCCAGAGACCAAUCAUUAGACUUAAAGAGCUCUCUCAAACUACAGAAUUUGAGAAUAUUAUAAUACCAUUACCGGGUGCUAGUAACCCCAUCUGGCAGGGAGACUGGACGAUUCAUGAUUGCGGGCAGUCUGAAUUACUACGCACUUUUUCCGACCGAGUCCUCAGCUUUUACAAUGUGGAAUCUUGGAAAUCUCAUGAUGGUGAUAUCAUUAUUACCUACAUUGAUCGACGUCGUCGACGACUCGUUGGCCAAGAGUCUUACCUCGAAGAACUCCAAUCACAAGACCCUCGCGUCAAAAUCCAGAUGAUUGAUUUUGAGUCCAUACCUUUUUCCGAACAAAUUAAAGUAGUCCGAGAAACUGACAUUCUGGUCGGAGUCCAUGGUGCCGGUUUAACCCAUGGCAUCUUUCUUCCGGAAGGAUCAGUAAUGGUCGAGAUCUUGCCAGAGGGACUAAACCAUAAGGGAUUUCGAAACCUUGCUGGCCUUCGAUCUCACACAUAUUUGAGCGUGCAUGCCUUGAAGCUUCCGGCUCCUUCACGCGGGACAAAACGUGCUGAGUGGCAUUCGGAAGAUGUCUCGCUGGAUCGAGAACGUUUUCUAGAUCUGAUGGAAGUCGCUAUAAGAAGCGUAUACAAUAAAGGACUGAGGAAUUACGAUGUCAAUUAG